CUGUCAAUUUGAAAGUAAUAAAUAUUCUUUUAAAAUGAAAUGAAGGAAAUAAUAAUUAUUGCUCUUUAUUUAUUUGUUAUUUAUUCAGUUUUUAUUUUUGUAAUUUAUAAAUAUGGCUCGACAAAUUAGUGUAGAGAUAUCAGACGGAGUAAAGGAUCUAAUUACACAAGUAACAGGAUUUCAGGAUGGUUCAAGCAAUUUUAUCACUGUUCAAAAAUAUUUUCAUGAGAAACUCAGGAAAUCUGACACGAUGUAUUUUCUUAAUAAAACAGAGGUGGAUAGAAGUAUAGCAGGUAUGUCUGAAAAAUUCAACUUUCAUGGAUUUUUCUCGCAAGCUAAAGCCUUACAAGAAGCCUAUAAUGGAUACAUAACAGCAAAUGUUUCAAAAUCACAGUUGAGUACCCAUCUUAAUGUAGUAAAGUUUUUAUUGUGCAUGUCCGAGAAACCAACAUGCAAAUUUUUGGAAAACCCAGAAGAGUUUCAAAUUAAAAUCGCGCCUAAAGAAGUAACAGAAGAAAUUAAUUGGGGCGAAUAUCUCAAGGAAGGAAUUGAAUCUACCAUACCAAAAUUUGAUGAUACUUCAGAUUUUUCAGAUAUCUCUAUGAGUGAUGAUGAACCUGACUCUAAUGAUCAUGGAGGGAAAAGCACAUUGAAAGAUGUACCCCUGGUAAUUUCCUGCAGUGAAAGAGAUGUUAUUAUGAAUUUAAAGGCAAACCGAGAGGAACUACUUAACACAAUACAACACACUUGGUACAAUAGUAACAAAUUUCAUGAUAUGCCACCAACUGAAAGAAGAGAAGGAAAUAUUGGUAUAAUUUGGGAAAAAUAUUUAGAAAAGCAAGCAAUGGGAUUGGUUGUGAUGAAAAAAUCAACAAUAAUAUCAGAGUAUAAAGUUAUUAGAGAAAUAUUAUGGCAACUAUGGGACCUGCACACAUCUUCAGUAUUUCAUUUUGAAGGAAAUGAUCUUACAACUAGAAGUAAUAUUACAAUUUCGAGUUCUAGAGCUAUCAGUUUUCAAAGCUUUAUUCAAAAUCAAAUAUUGCCGUACAUCAAACUGUUGGAAUUUUUUAGAGAUUUUUCGAAUUGUUUGGUUAUUAAGGAGGAGGAAUGUAUUACAAUGGUACCCCAAACUUAUAGAAGUUACAACAAAGCAAUUCAAAAUUUAAUUAGGCCCAUUUAUCUUAAAUUAACGGAAUUGGAAGACAAAGUUAGGGAACAAGAAACUACCUACACAUUACUAAACCUUGCUGAUGAUCUUCAAGUUAUUCUGGAACCCGUGGUGCUAUUGAAGAAGAUCCAUACUUUCGUAAUAAUAGAUUUUUCAAAUCGAAAUAAUAUAGUGUGCGCUUCAUCGUUAUUAGCUCAUCUUCACAAUAGUCUGCAGUACUCGAUAAAUAAAUUGGAUCAGGACUUGAGAGUUACAUUAUAUUUAGAAAGUCUAUAUCAUUAUCUCAAUAUAAUUGAUUUGUGGUUUACGAAAAAUGAUCUUACGGAUUAUUCUGGAGAAUUUUUAAUUGUCAAUAAAAAUACAAAUCGUCCUAGGAGAAAAUCUGAUGGUUCAACAGAUAGUGAUUAUUAUAAUUUGAAUUUUAAUAUAUCGGAAGGAGUUGAUGAAACUAGCAGAGACGAUGAAGUACUUAAAAUAAUUACCAGCUCCGUUAUUCAAAUUGGAAGAAAUCUUCAUUUGCUCCGGUUAUUAGGAGAUUAUUCUGUGAUACAUGAAAGUAAAGAAACUAUAUAUGAAGAAUUCAUACGAAAAACGCUAGAAGAACUUUGUAAGUUUUUUGAACAUGAUCCCAAAGACAUAUUUCUCAAAGAAGAAGAUAAAAUAAACGAACCUGAAGAAGAGGAGAAGGAAGAAAUACAUUUUAAGUUUCCAAUAACCUGUUUAGAAGACUGCAAUCAACCAACCGAAAUGGAUAAGUUGGAAAAUUUGGUUGACACAUCCGAUGGAUUUUUAAUGGUGGCAUUUAAAGAUUUCUUUAAAUGUGAAACGAAGAAUACAACACCCACAACGUUAAGCCUUUAUGAAAAGUUAUCCAGGAUUACAAAAACGUUCUUCCCGACUACCAACUUUUUCGAAAAGAUACUCAACAGUAUAUUAAAAGAAAGAUUCACGGUCUCCGGUCUUAGAGUGAAAAAUAUUCUGAUUGAGCAGUACCUGCUGGAAAAACAGUUUCAAUUUCUUAGGCACAUAUUUUUGUUUUUUGAUAAUAUAAUUUUUUCGUUUUAUAGACGAUUUUUUAUAAAGCUUUAUGCACAUAGCAGAAAUUGGGGUAACGACAUCUGGCUCACCUCACAUCUUCAGGAUAUAAUAAUGGAUUUGUACCCAGAGUUUUACGAAAAAUGUUCAGUUCAAGUCAGCGAGAACUGGAAAGACUGUCGCGAUCCACUAGAGGCUUGCAGCAUGCUAUCGGUCAAUAUGAAUAUUCAGUGGCCAUUGAAUAUUAUAAUCAGCGAACCACAAAUGUUGAAAUAUAAAGAAGUUUUUCAUUUUAUUUUGAGGAUUAAAUGGGGACUGUACACACUGAACCAUUUGUCAUUUACAGAUCUGGAACCAAAACGUCAACGACCCAAGAUGAGAUGCAAAACAAACAAAAUUCUCACCACCAAACUCAAAUACCUUAGAUUUGCACUGAUAAAUCUCCUGAACAGCAUUCACCAUUACAUAUUUUCUUUCGUCUUUACAAGAUGCUUGCAAAAAUUUGAAUUGGAUUUUGAGAAGGCCAAUGAUUUAUCGUCUAUUAUGGCUUCCCAUUCGGAAUUUAUUACUAACGCUAAUAAAUUGGUAAUGGAUAUUAACAAUUGUGAGAAAAACAAAAUGGCAUUUGAAAAUGUAAACAAAUGUAUCAAAUCGCUAAAGUGCAUGUGGGAAAACAUAGGCCAUGCAACGCCUGAAAGAUUGUACCAAAAUUAUAAAAAUUACAAGUUUUCUUUCGAUGCAAUAAAUCCAGUAAUAACACCUGUAUAUCUUUUCGAUUGUUAACUAUUUUAAAUUAACAGGCUUCGACUGAUUUUCUUU